AUGUUAUAUUUAGGUUCCAAGAAAGUUUUUAAUCCUGCAGAGUAAUAUUCAUUGGUAAUGCAGAUUGAGAAAGAAGAGGAAUUUCAGAAAAAGCGCAAAGAAGAAGGAAAUAUCUCUUUUUCAUUAACAUUAGCGAAAUACAUGAGUGUAACAGGAUUAGGAGAUAUAUUUAUUGCAAUAAACUCUCUAUUGAGCUUAGUCUAUGUUAUAAAUCAUGCAGUUGACACAUAUAGUUGGCCAGUUACGAAUAUUACCUCUUCUUAUUAAACACCAAAAGCUAUAGUUAUUAUUGAAAUCAUUUUAGACGUUUUCUUUUUUAUUGAUUUUUUGAUAAACUUCUAUAUAUCAGAAAACAGACUAUUCUUUACAUUUUAAUAUAAUUCCAUCCUUGAGUACACAAGUGUAAUUCCUAGUUUGCUAGUCAGGAUGAGUUUAAUCCCAAGCAACAAAUAUGCUUUUGUAACAAGAGCUCUCAGGUUCUUACUGAUAAUAAGAAUUGAAAGCAUUCUAUCUAGAAGAGCUAAAGACAUCACUAGAAAUACAUUUAAGAUACUAUUUACCAUUCUAAGCAUUAUGAUUGAAGCAAGUAGCUUUUUAAUGGUAGUUGAGCAAGAUUAAGGUUUAUUUUUCCAUGAUUUUUUGUAUUUCAUGGUUGUUACAAUGACAACUGUAGGAUUUGGAGACAUUUAUCCAUAAACAAUAUUUGGUCGUUUAAUUGUUAUAGUUUCUAUUUUGAUUCUAUUGGCUCUUAUACCCGCUUAAGUAGAUUAACUUACAAAGUCAAUAAAAUAAACAAGUGGGUACUCAAGCAAAAAGCUGACAUAGAAGAGAGGAUGUAAUGAACAUAUUCUAAUCCUUGGGAAUGCUUUGGUUGAGGGAUAUAAAACUUUCUUAUCUGAACUUUAUCAUUAAGAUCAUGGCAUAGUUUAAUUUCCUUCUGUAAUCAUGAAGAAUUAACAUCCAAGUGAGGAUAUGCUUAAACUAUUGCAAAAGAAUAGCUUUUAAACAAAUUUGACUUAUUUAUUUGGAAAUCCUUUAAGUAACAACGAUCUAAAAAGGGCUUAAGCAGAAAAUGCCUAAUGUGUUGUAAUCUUAGCUGAUAAAAUGACAAGUGAUCCUUAACAAGAAGAUCACAGAAAUAUAAUGUACACCUUAGCAGUAAAACAGUACGUCUAUAACACGGCCAAAACCGAUAUUAGAGUCUGUCUUCAAUUACUAAACCCUGAGUUAAAAGACAUUUAUUUUGAAUCUUUGGAUUAUGGUUAAAUUGAUUAAGUAAUUUGCGUUGAUGAGCUAAAAUUGUAUCUACUUGCCAAAACAUGUUAAUGCCCAGGUAUAAAUACAAUAAUCAGCUUUCUUAUAACUUCUGAUAAACCAGAUGUUUCAGUAGUAGAUAAAAGAGACGAAGACAGCUGGAUAAAUGAUUAUAUUAUGGGCAUGCAAAAUGAAAUUUAUAGAGUUCAUCUUGAUCAGUAGAAUUUUUCUGGUUACACUUUUUGUACAGUUUCUUAGUAGAUUUUCAAAGAACUUGGAAUAAUUUUAUUCGCUCUGGAAGUAAAAGUAUAUGGAGAAACCAAGUUAUUUAUAAAUCCUGCUGAUUAUUUAAUAUAAGACUCUGAGCAUUAUGGGUAUGUUAUUGCAUCAUAAUUGCCUAACUAAAAAGACUUAUAAAAAGUUAGGAUUGAUUCCAGCAUACCUAGAAACCAUAGUUAUCCAAAUGUACCCAAGCAAGUACCUGGAACUUCUAAUCUGAAAGAAAUCAUAACAAAUGAUAAAGAUUCGAAAUACAGAGCAUUUUACUAGAAUAGAACAAGGAUUUAAACUUUACAAUUAAACCAUAAUACAGAUAAAAAGUUUGAAAACCACUAUAUAGUUUGUGGGAUUGUUUCAGGAAUGAAACAUUUACUAAUGCCAUUAAGAGCAAGAUCUUUAAAAACAAUUAACCCUAUUAUUAUUCUUAAUAACGAAACCAUGCCUUCAGAGCUAUGGAAUCAAAUAAAUAGCUUCCCUAAAGUAUAUUUUUUAUAAGGUUCUCCUCUAAAAUAAGAAGAUUUAGAAAGAGCAUGUGUAAAAAAAGCACUUGCACUAGUUAUCCUCUCAAAACCAAGGGAAAAAUAAUCAGAUAGUUCUGGUAUGGUAGAUGCUGAUACUAUUUUUAUCUAUAAGACUGUAAAAUUUUUGAAUCCAAAUAUACAGAUUAUUACUGAAUUAGCUUCAAUGGCUACUAUCUCCUUUUUAAGUUAGUCUAAAAAUAGCUAUAUAAAAGAAAUUGGUUAUAUAGCAAGUGAACCUUUCGCCUCUGGAGAAAUUUAUAUAUCAACUAUGUUAGAUACAUUGAUCUGUCAGGCUUAUUACAACCCCUUUAUCAUUAAUAUACUUGAUUAGCUAAUCAUGGGAGGAGCAUCUAGAAAUAUAAAAAUAAAAAAAAUAUGCAAUAUACUAAGAUUGCAAUCAGCUAAUCUAUUUUUAAUAGACAUUCCUCCACAGUUUUCAGGAUAAAAUUUUGGACAAAUAUACAAGUCAUUUGUCAUUGAAUAUAAAAUGAUACCAAUCGGUCUUUACAGAGGUAUAAAUGCCAACAAAAAUAAUAAACCAUAUGUAUUUUUAAAACCUUCAGCCGAUGUAAAAACAUCUCCUAAAGAUAAGGUCUAUGUUCUUUCUAUAAAGUAACCAAAAGAAUAAAAAAUAGACAUAGAAGAAGGAAGCUAAUUUCAGCAGUAGCAACAACAAUAACAACAGCAAUAUCCAAACAUGAACCUCAAAAGUAAAUUGUAAGGAGAAGAAGGAAGAAUAGAUGUUGACAUUUCAAGAAAUGUGUUUAAAUUAAGUGGUGAGAUGGAUGGUUUUAUUAAUGAUUUAAAAUUGAUAAAUGAAUCAACUUUUCAUAAAAACUUAGCAAGCCCUGAUUUAAUACCUUAAAUUAGAUAAAUUUUUAAGCAAGAAAUAUCUAACAUCAACUACUCUUAAUGA